AUGUCCACCCCAAGCGACCUCCAGGCUCUCUUUGCGAGCAUGAAGCCGCGCCCUGUGCCACCGCCUCAAGAUGGCCAGGCGUCUGCUUUCCCUCCAUCGGGUUUCAGGGUAGCUAAUCCGCAGUCUGAUGGUCAAAGGCUGGGUGUGCAAUCGCAAGCGCACCCUUUCCUUCCUCACGGCUAUCACAACCCGUCUGUAUCAUCGCCUAUCUACAGUCCUGAUCCCGCCAACACGCCUCCACACCAUGGCUCAGACAUUGUUAGUCCCAAUGUGCCAACUCCGCGCGGUGAUCAAUACCCACCACCACCACAGCAGCAGCAGCAACAACAACAACAACAACAACAACAACAACAACAACAACAACAACAGCGGACAGCCAGUGCUGAUCAAGCUAUGAGUUUACUCAGUCUCUUGAAGUUCAGCAGCCAAAACAAAUCAAGUUCUCCGCAGCCUUCAGCUGCUGUCGGCUCAUCUCCAUCUCUUUCAGCGGACCAUCAAGAAGGCGGUGUCUCUGAAAGUUAUCACUCUCAUUCGAGAACUAUUUCCGCUUCAGACCUCGUCGCUUCUUUCAUGUCAAAGCCUGUUUCUUCUCCUGCCGCCGGCCCGCCGCCAAUUCCAGCUGCUGGUCGCGGUAGUGUUGCUGCUGAAAGCAGCGCGACAGCCGCCGAGACUCAGGAUAUGCUAAUGCGUCUUCUGAAUCGCUCUCAAUCUAAAGCUGAAGAAGUCAAUCGCGCCUUUCAAGACUCUUAUGAAACCACUCCAGCGACUCCUGAAGUAAAAAGCCAGGGUCAACCAUCCAUGCAUAUCUUCGGAACCCCCGAGAAGGACGCCAUUAACUUCGAAGCCCCAAGACAAGCCCCAUCCAAGGGUAGCAUUUUCACCUAUGUCAACCCCUUUGAACAACUUGCUGCUGCGUCACCUCGCCGAACUCCUCAGCCCAAGUCUCGCAGCGGCAGCCCUGCAAUCGAGCCGUCGCACCGGAAGAAGGAGGCUAAAUCUGAGUCGUUGGAAGCGGCGAAGGUCACUGCUACCGCUGAUGAGAAGGAAUCAGAGCAGAAAGAGACCGUUUCAAAGGCAGUUGACCAACUUGCCGGACAACUGGAUCGUGAAGUAGAGGAUGCUUUGACCAGAGCCAACCUGGGGGAAGCCGUGACAAAACCGAAAGCUAAUAAAGAAACCGUUAAGGAAGACUUGGAUACUGCUGCGGAUGCGGUGCAAACCGCUGCCAUCGAGGCAACGAAAGAAAUCGAGAUGCAAGGUGAAGUCGGUAUUACCAACACCGUGAAAGAAGUUGUUGAAGAAGCUGUUAAAGAUAAUGUCGCAAAUGAAAAUUUGGCAGAUAGCUGGGAGAGCGCCGAAGAUAGCGCCGACAAAGUUGAGGGACGUGUUGUGCGAGUUUUCAACUUUCCCCUCCGGCCUUUUAUUUCGAUUCUUCUCAAACCGGACUCGGGCAAGCUGCCUGCUUUACGUGACGAUGGAAUCAUGGAUGUUGCUCGUCUCAAGAAAGAAUUUGACCAGCUUGACCGCUGCUUAACCUCUGCAACAGCCCAAUACAUUAUCUAUGCGUUGGCUAAGAAUGGUGGAUUGCGAAUUAUUCGUCAAGAUGAUGGCCGCGAUAAGCAAGUUUUCCGGUUCGCUCGUGAUCGUUUGUUCAACGUUGCUUUGAGCAAUUCUGCACCGAGCACCUCCAAUCCUUCUAAAGAUCAAGCCAUCAUUGCCAUUGGCGUCAGUGGGGCUGUUUACUGGGCUCCCGUUUUCCAAGGCGACAAUGACUUGUUCGAAAUGGACACGGUGGAAAGCGAGUGUCUCGUUUUUCCUCCGUACCCGGCGUCUGACGAGAAUACAUCUGGUGGCCAGCUGAAAACGCGUGCCAAACCCAGCGCUCGUCAUCCGGAAUUCUUCGGUAUUGGCCGUGGAAAGAACAUUUACAUUGUGUCUCCUAAAUAUGCUGCCCAUCCCAGUUACGGAGUGUCUGGUUCACAGCGCACUGUUGACACUGAGAAGUUCUUCAAGGAACGUGCGUUGAAGAUAUCCACCGGUAAGGCUGGCAAGGAUUUCACUUUCAGUGAGGAUGACACAGUUGUGGCUUCUCUUGACAAGACUGGUCGGUUGAGGUUUUGGGAUAUUCGUGAAAUGGAGCAGACCACAGAUGGGUCGCACCCGUCUGAAGUGCGUGUGCCUCUGGCUACAUUUGUCACUGGCUCGCCAAGUGAGAAAUCGUGGCCUACUUCUGUUCAAUUUAUCGACAAACUGCGCCCAUUUGCCAAAGCAGUGGCUAUUCGCUACGUUCUUGUUGGCCUAAAGCAGAAUCACACUCUCCAGCUCUGGGAUAUUGGGCUGGGGAAAGCGGUUCAGGAAGUGAACUUCCCCCACGACAAUGAAUCGGAUGCGAUUUGCAGUGUUGCGUACCAUCCAUCUUCGGGCAUUAUUGUCGUCGGCCACCCUACAAGGAACUCUGUUUACUUCCUGCACUUAUCUGCACCAAAAUACAACCUGCAUCCUAUGUCUCAAGCCGAUUAUAUUAAGCGCAUUACUGAGAAAGAUACAACCCUGCCAAAACCUGAAUCUACUGCCUGUUUGAGCGGCAUCCGCGAGAUCUCCUUCGCUUCUAAGGGUGAAUUGAGAAGCCUGGAUAUUCUUCCUAUUAACAAAUCCUCAGGCACACAGCGAACCGUGGAGGAAGAAGCUGGUCUAUUUGAGAUUUAUGCAAUGUAUUCGCGUGGCGUGACUUGCUUAAAUAUUAAGAGGGAGGAUUUGGGAUGGUCUACUGAGAACAAGAUCAUAGCACCCGUCGAUGCGCUGAAAGAAGGUUACGUCGAAGUUAACGAUCUUCUGACCUUCCCUAGCUACGUUGACGAGCCUUCUGUGAAUGGAGACUUCGUCGGCACGGGCCCUGGUCCACUGAAGGCUGCUACCAAGGAUGGCGCCAAAAAGUUGACAGAUAUAGCUGUCGACUCAGCUGCAAGUGUGGCUAUUUCUAGGACUGCCUCGCCUACCAAACCUGUGGGUAAACUAUCCGCUGACGAGCAGUUAGAAGUCAAUAGCCUCACGGAGAAAGGAAAGAAAAAGAAGAAGGAUAAACCCAAGGAUGUCAGCAAGCCAUCUGGCUUGCAUACCCAUGAUCUUUCUAAGUAUUUCACGCCAGCCAAGACUACUCAACCGGACCAAGAAGAGGAGCGGCCCGCUGCAGGUGUCGGAGGUCAGAUCUCUAUUACGAGUGCAAAUGAAGUUGCCACAGGUGAUUCGGUUAAUUUCGGUAUCUCAAGCGAGCUGGUCAAACAGCUGGAGGAGGGUGUUUCUGCCGAGGUUCUCAAAGGCCUUGGUCACGAAUUAGAAGGACUUCAUAAACGAUUUGAUGAAGAGCGCCGUGCUUGGGAUGCAGCAUCAGCUAGCAAGACUGACCAAGUUCUCCGACUCGUGUCUAGCACGCUUUCUGACAACGUCGAGAAGAGCCUCAACCGCAUCAUCUCGCACAGCAUUCAGACUGAUGUUUUGCCAGCAGUCAUUAGCUCGACAUCAAAUGCAGUGGGCAAACAGCUAAAUGACGUUAUUUCGACACAUUUCAGUCAAAGUUUCCCACGUGAAUUAAGUCAGCAGUUGCCCAAUUCGUUGACUCGUGCAGUCAAGCAGCCGGAAGUGUUGCAUUCCAUCUCCGAGGCAGUGGCGAACAAGAGUGCUUCUCGGGUUGAAAGUGAAGUAACUAAAUUGACUCAGAGUAUCAUUUCGCCUGCAAUCAAGGCUGCAAUUGCUCGUCAAUCGGAGACGAUUACGAGGGAUUUCGAGCAGCAGAUCCAGGUUCAGUCUAGACAAUAUGAAACGCAACGCAAGCAGGAUUCUGCUAAAAUUGACCAAUUAAUUUCUUCGAUCCAUGCCUUGAAAGAGACGGUUCAAGUUAUGUCGACUUCGCAGACUGCUCUGCAGAAUGAAGUUGCAGCGCUGCAACGGCAGUUAGGAACUCAGCAACGAGACAUUGCUCCUCGACCUGUUCCAACCGCCCAACCUCUGGCACCGGUGCAACGCACUCCAGAGGAAGUUGAACUGACCGAAAUUGCUCGAUUGGCUGCUGAAGGGAAUCUCGAGGAGGCGUCUGUCAGGUGGCUGCAAUCAUCUCAACAGGCUGACCUGUUUGACAAUCUUUUUGUUCGUCUGAAUCCUGCUUACCUGACCACGGUAUCACCUAUUGUGUCUCUAUCCGUGGGAGUUGCAGUGACCACGGCUCUUGUGACGAAUAUCCAAGAGCGUUUAUCAUGGCUUGAAUAUGUGCUUCAAACUGUGAAUCUUGCCGACCCCGAUAUCCGUGAAGUAGCCCCCAGGAUUAUGGAUAUUCUCGUCCAGCGACUUGAUGGGUUGUACAUGGCUGUUGCAGACGGGAAUCCACAUGACCCAAUACUGCGCAAGAUUCCGCCGUUGGCUCGUCGUGCUCGGGAGCUUCGUGGUCUUUGA